GCUGAAGGGGUAAAUAAUAGGGACACUUAAAUAUCUAAACUUCUUUUUAUUUUAUUAGAUACGUGGGGAACUUGUCAAGAGAUGUGACAGAAGCCCUGAUUCUCCAGCUGUUCAGUCAGAUUGGACCGUGCAAAAAUUGCAAAAUGAUCAUGGAUACGGCUGGAAAUGAUCCAUACUGUUUUGUGGAAUUUUAUGAGCAUCGACAUGCAGCUUCAGCACUAGCAGCUAUGAAUGGACGGAAGAUAAUGGGUAAGGAAGUCAAAGUGAACUGGGCAACAACCCCCAGCAGCCAGAAGAAAGAUACCAGCAGUAGUACCGUUGUCAACACACAGCGUUCACAAGACCAUUUCCAUGUCUUUGUUGGAGACCUCAGUCCAGAAAUUACCACUGAAGAUAUAAAAGCAGCUUUUGCGCCAUUUGGGAGAAUAUCAGAUGCACGGGUGGUGAAAGAUAUGGCAACAGGAAAAUCCAAAGGAUAUGGCUUUGUUUCUUUCUUCAAUAAAUGGGAUGCAGAAAAUGCUAUUCAGCAGAUGGGCGGACAGUGGCUUGGUGGAAGACAAAUCAGAACCAACUGGGCAACACGAAAACCUCCAGCUCCAAAGAGUACAUAUGAGUCGAACACCAAACAGCUGUCUUACGAUGAUGUUGUAAAUCAGUCCAGCCCAAGCAACUGCACUGUAUAUUGUGGUGGUGUCACAUCGGGACUAACAGAACAGCUGAUGCGCCAGACCUUUUCUCCAUUUGGGCAGAUAAUGGAAAUUCGAGUCUUCCCAGAUAAAGGGUACUCAUUUGUGAGGUUCAAUUCUCAUGAAAGUGCUGCACAUGCAAUUGUUUCUGUCAAUGGGACUACUAUAGAAGGGCAUGUCGUGAAGUGCUAUUGGGGCAAGGAAACUCCAGAUAUGAUCAGUCCAAUCCAGCAGAAUCAAAUUGGAUAUCCACCUGCUUACGGGCAGUGGGGCCAGUGGUAUGGAAAUGCACAACAGAUUGGUCAGUACAUGCCUAAUGGCUGGCAAGUUCCUGCAUAUGGAAUGUAUGGACAGACCUGGAAUCAGCAGGGAUUUAACCAGACGCAGUCUUCUGCAGCAUGGAUGGGUGCAAGUUAUGGAGUUCAACCACCUCAAGGGCAGAAUGGAAGCGUGCUAACUAAUCAAACUGGAUAUCGUAUGGCAGGUUUUGAAACGCAGUGAGAGAGCAAAGGACUCUAGAACCGAACACCAGUGGCUUGAGGCUGCAAGGAGUGUCCUAAAGCCUUUGUUUACUUAAAGAUUUAUCAGAUCAAGUCAGUGCAAAUGUCAGAUACAGUGUAUUUAUUUUAAAAAAUCAUUUUGAAUCAUGAAAUUGUCAUCCACAUUGUUUAAAAACAACACAGGAAAAACUAGAUGCUGGAUGUCUGCCAACUUUUGCCUUCUUUUCCUCCUUUUGAUAUGUGUUUCUUAAGAUCCUUGUUUGAAACACAGCAAAUGCAGGGAUUACUGCCACUUUUAAAUUGGGGCAGAAAAUUGCACAAUGUCAAGCUUGUUUUCCUCUGAAGUGAAGUAGUGUGCAGUUUUAGUUUGCAUUCCUAAUGAUUUAAAAUGUAUUAUAAGCAGUUGUACAAAAAAGCCAAAACUGUGUGGAGUCUGAAGGUUCUUUGCCAUCUUCAGCCUUUGCACAAACUUGUUUUAAAAAUAGCCUAUUGUAAAAAGUGUCCAUCACUCCACUUUUGUUAUACCAGGGUUUUCAGAUAUAAAUUAUUAGUUUACAUUGUUUUUGUAUCUAGACAUUUUUCAAACAGUUGUCUUUGCCUUAUGACAGUUACUUAAAUUAUCAUUAAAUGGGAAAAUGUGA